GAAGGGGACAGUCCAGAUAGCGACAGAAAUUAACAGUCAUUAGACACUGUCGGCUGCAGUGAAUUAUUCAGACAUUUUUGGACAUUCAGUGAUAAUUCUGAAAGUAGCUGAUACUGUGGAGAACAGUGGAAAAUCCUUAACCUUCUCAAAUACAGUUGUUACCCGCAUCUCUACUAAACUAGAUCCAAGGUCAAGAAUGUUCCAGUUUACUCUUACCAGCCCAGCUGUGACUAUGGCGUUGCUUUUAACCCUUGUAAAUAUCGCGAUCGUUACCCCCCAAGAGAUGUCAGUCCGCUUCAAUUAUCUGAGGCCUGGUUAUACCUUUGUAGAGCUUAGCUCGUGGAGUUCAUUACGACGCUCUUACUCGGCUAAAAGUGUAACAGAAUGUGCAUUGAUGGCUUUAAACAGAAUGGUCACUUCUGAUGUUCUAUUCUUUUCUUAUAACAAGACAAAUCAGUUGUGUAGUACUUACGCAUCAGGUACUGGGGUUAUACCGUCCGGUCAAUAUGGCAGCCACGAACUGUGCUUAUAUAAAGCUGAUACAACGUUGAUGGUUUAUAGAGUAAGCAUCCCUACGGAAGCGUCCAUUUAUAAUAGCUUUUACAAAAUACCACCAUACGCUGCAGGCAGAAGUAUCUACCGGAAUAUGAUCCUUGACUCAUGGAUAAAUCUUCCGAUCGUUAAGGCGCAAAUCAUAGGUUACAAAAGCGGAACGGUCGUUGUGGAUUUGAGAUUUGAUGUACGUAAUUCAACCCUUCGUAACUGGUUUCAGUAUGAGAGACUGCUAAACAAGCCAUGGACUGAUCUCAACGCAACCAGCUUUAAUAUGUUUUCAGCUCUAGGAAAUGAAGUCGAUCGUUCCUUCUCCAUUGGAUAUUUUGGAGAUAAUUGUGAUGAGGAUCGUGGAUGGUUCACUGUUAUUGAUCGUCCAUUUAACUGUUCGUAUGCCAAUUUCUCACAUUAUCCUGCAAUUCUUUAUGCCAAUUCAAAGACACAAACCUACUGGAACCAAGGUAAGUCUCUGAUAUCACCUGAUUGACGACAUGCGAUUGCUUGUCUACCUGAAUUAAUGGCAAAUCUAAGUUUAACUGCUGCUUUUCCUGUAAGCUUCUCCGAGUUCAAUACUUAAGAAUAUUCUACGAUUUUGCACCCGCAAUCAUUAUCAUAUUGAUCCACUUUUUUUUCCAGGCAACUUUUCUAUUAUUAUAAUCCUUAUAUUUACUUUUAUCACGGAAAAAAUUGCUACUCUUUUACUUGUUUCAGUCAUUUGACUGCAGCCAUGCUGGAGCACCGACUUUAGUUGAGCAAAUCGACCC